CGCCAAUAACGAAUGUCAACAACACCGACGAGAGGAGGCAAUGACUAUUACAACACCGAUGAGGAGCAGAAUCGAUUUGUAAAUGUGCUGUUCAUGUUAUUUUGAUGAAAGUGGUUGUCGUGAAUUUAUUAUUCAGCUAUUAAAAGUUGACGUGGGAAUUUGUGCUCUAGACCAUACAAUAGAACUAGAAAAAACGGACAGGAAGCAGGAGUAUUAUACAUUGGACAAGAACUUCUAAAGGAAUGGCAGAGGAGGAUUUCGAUGUUGAGACGUUAACAGCUUUGCUGGAAGAUGAUUCUGAUGAAGAUGAGAUCCAUCAGGAGAAAAAUGAAAUAAAUAAACCUGACAAAAAUCAAGAUUCCGAGGAUGACUAUGAUAUAACAACAUUAGCAGCAUUUCUAGAAGAUUCAGACAGCGAUGAAGACAACCCAGAGAGCGAAGAAGUCUCCAACACGAAAGGUGAGGUUGAAUCAACUGAAGAUACAGAAGGGAGCGUAACAGUUACAGAAGAUGUGAACACAAAUCAAACAUCUCCUGUGCAGUCUGCUGAAACUAUUGAUAAUUUACAGAAUCAAAUAUUAAUGAUGCAGAAACAGAUGGAACAGAUGCAAAACCUGUUGCUGCAACAGUCUCAGAGUAGUCCAGGGGAAACAACUCCUAAAGCUGUACACAAGCGGCCAAAGUCAAAGCCAAGCUCGACAAGCCAUGUACCUAAAACGUUAUCUCCUACAUUGCGUCCAGAAGGAAAACCUGGUUCUAAAGAAUCUAAGUCAAGUUCUUUAAACAAUGUGCCAAGGAAGUCAUCUAUAUCUCACAGAAAAGAUGGACUGGUUUCAAAAGAUCUAAAAUCCACCCGAUCACCUCACCAUAAGGCUACCAAAAUAUCUUCAACAUCAGAAAGUAUCAAUAAAGACAAGCAAAAUUCCAAACAAGAAUUAUCAGAGAAAGAACACAACCCUUUUUUUGACAAGUCUGGGGAAUCCUCUAUCAAUAUCAAGGAAGGAUCUCCAUCAGGUAUGAGUAAAUUGAACAAGACACCCAGCCGGAAGGAGCAGGAGAAAUCAUUGUUUGGGGACGACAGUGACAGUGACUGGGAAGGAUUAGAUGGAGAGGAAAAGAGUAGAUUAAGUGCUGAAGGGAAUGAACUGAGAAAACUGCUGCAUCAUGGGGAGAAAGGUCGGGUAUCAAAUGCUACCAAACAGGAUGUUGAGGAACUGAGGAAGAGAGCUGCUAAGACAACAUGGAAGGACCACAGUCAUCAACAGCCACCAGUCUCCAGUAAAAUUGACAUAUCGAAUAAAGGAACUAGUAAAGAGAAUGACAUCCCCUCUGUUACAGACCCGUUCUCUGGUAUACGUAUCAUAAAUCCAAAAGUGUCAUCCAUAGAUAUGAAGUACAAAAUGGCUGACCGUAACCUGGUUAAGGUGUCGCGUAUAGCAAGUCAAAUUGGUACUUCAAAAGUGCAGGGAAAUUGGGUUACCAUAGCUGUGGUGGUCAGCAAGACUGAGCCAAGGACAUCAGCUGCCGGUAAGACUUACUGUAUCUGGAAGCUGAGUGAUCUUGAGGACUGUGAUAAGACAGUCAGUUUCUUCCUGUUUGGUGAGGUGUACAAGCAGCACUGGAAGAACUGUAUGGGUACGGUGGUGGGUAUCCUGAACCCAAGCAUUAUGGACAAGGCGGAGAAGGUACAACAGGAUGUUGCGUUUACAGUCAACCAUCAACAACAGCUACUAGUAAUGGGCCUGUCUAAGGACCUUGGGCGCUGUACUGGGGUCAGCAAGGCUGGCAAACCCUGCACCAAGUUUAUUAACAAACAACAAGGUGACAGGUGCACAUACCAUGUACAGUCGGCCUAUAAGAAGACAUCAUCACAUCGCACUGAGCUUCAGGGCAGUUUCACAGGUAUGACACCAAAAGCACAUGCUUGGGCUCAAAACAAGAAGAAAUCAAGUUCCUUUUUCUUUUACCAAGGAGAAACAUUUACAGAUCUAAGGCCUCCAACAGAUAAGAAGGACAAAGUGACAUUGGGUAAGCUGUCUGAGAAACAAGCUGUCCAGAGUAAAGGCAAAGUGACAACAAUGUCGCUACACAAACUGGAACCAGAGGACCAGAAACUGCUCAACGACCUCAAGGACAAAAAAAAUGAAUUUGUGGAUUUACUGACAACACCCACAGUUGGUUCCAUGAACUUUGUUAAACAUCUAGUAAAAGAGGAGAAAUAUGAAAAAGAAACUGGUGGGAACAAAGUGUUGGUUCAGUCCAUCACUCCAAAGGAACUUUUACAGCAGCACAAACUAGCAGCACGAGAGAGGAAACGAAAGCUGGCCCAGGACCGACCCAUUAACCCUCUGGAAUCUGUCCCCACUCUUGGCAAGGGGUUCUCACCAGGCAGUGAAAUCUCACUGGAAGUACAGUUUCCUCGAGGAAAAUCAGUUGGAAUCACUAUGGACAUAGCCAAGAAAAAAGCCAUUGCAAAGAUUCAGAUGAGUGGAGGAAUAGGUAAAGAUGACCCAAAUGCAGUCAGAAAAAAAAAUCGUUCUCCUGAAUCCAAUGUCAACAUCAAGAAGAGAGUCCAUGAAAGUUUGGAUUGCAACAUCCAGUCUAAAGGUGAUAGUUCUUCCCUGGAGCCACCUAGAAAACGCUCCAAGCUUCUGGGGAAUAUAGAUGUCAAUUCUGAGGAAUUCAAGCAGCUGAUGAAAGUACGCUCAAAACACAAGGGGGCCUUGGCUGAGGUGGAAGCUGAACAUGAAGAGAGGUACUUCAUGGCAAUGGAGAAAAAGGAGAAGUAUGAGGACAAGAUGGCCUCCAUUACGGAAAUGAAAUGCAAAGUAUUUACCUGUGUUCAGUGUAAUUAUACUGCGUUUAAACCAGGUGACUCAUGCAAAGAAAAUGGGCACACAGUCAAGACAGUUGAAGCAACAAAGCGAUUCUUUAAGUGUAAAAAAUGUAACCAUCGAGCCAUUUCCAUUCACAAAUAUCCAACUGAGCCUUGUAGAAAUUGUGGAAUGCAAAGCUUCGAAAGGACAUCAAUGUAUCAGGAAAAGAAAACAAAAACCCCAUCAGAAGAACUGUGUUUAAGAGGAGACGAAAUAAAAUACCUAGGAUCUAUGCAGGAAAAAUCCUUCCUUAAUAUAUAAACUAGUUUAGAAUGAUGGUAUACAUUCAUGAAAUAAAACAAAAUGUUCAAAUUUGAUUUCAGCAUUCUCAAUCUUGAAUUUGUAGAAUGAACAAAGCGGAGGUAUAGAUCAUUUCAGUUAAUUAUUUUAGGGACACAUU